AUGACCCUUCAGUGCACCAAGUCAGCUGGACACUGGAGGAUGGUGGUGUGGGAUGAAGAGGGCUUCCAAGGCCAGUGGCAUGAAUUCACAGCCGAAUGUUCCAGUGUGCUGGAGACUGUGUGAUCCUUGAAAGUGUUAAGUGGAGCGUGGGGGGGCUUUGAGCAUGCUGGCUUCCAAGGGCAGCAGUAUGUGCUAGAGAGGGGUGAGUACCCAGGCUGGGACGCCUGGAGCGUCAACACAGCCUACCCUGCUGAGAGACUCACCUCCUUCCGGCCUGUGGCCUGCACUAACCACCGUGACUCAAGGCUGACCAUCUUCAAGCAGGAGAACGUCCUGGGCAGGAAAGGCCAGCUGAGUGAUGACUACCCCUCUCUGCAGGCCAUGGGCUGGGACGGCACAGAAGAGGGCUCCUUCCAUGUCCACUUUGGGGCCUGGGUUUGCUCCCAGUUUCCUGGCUACCGAGAUUUUCAGUAUGUACUGGAGAGUGACCACCACUCUGGUGACUACAAGCACUUCAGGGAGUGGGGCUCCCAUGCCCACACUUUCCAGGUGCAGAGCAUCUGCAGGAUCCAGCAGUGAGCAGGCUGGGGAGCAUUUGGGCACAUGCGUGGCGUCUGAGCAGCUGCUUGG